UCAGGUACAGAUGGUGGUUUGGAUUUUGGGGUCAUUAGAGUAUUGGAUGAAGCUAGGCAAAUGGUGUCCCUGAAGAACAAAGGAAAAUAUGAGAUUGGAUACAGCUUCACUCUAGAAUGCCCUGAAGCCAACAUGCCAAAUUUGAAUUCUGUCUUCAACAUCCAGCCCCAGAAGGGGACGUUAGCCGCUGUUGACCGCCCCACUCAGAUCCAGAUCACCUUUCGCUCCAAGAAGGAAAUGAAAAUUGAAGAUAAGCCUAUCCUGUACUGCCAGGUGAUUGAGCCCAAUGUCUGUGAAGGAGGCGAGACCAUUGCCAGCAUUCCAGUGAAAGUGUCAGUGAAUUCUUUGUUCACCAAGUACAGCAUUUCCCCAGCCUCGCUCGUCAACUUUGGCUCCAUGAUGAACAGCACCCGGAAGACCUGCAGCUUCACUCUGGAGAACAAAGGUGCUCUUGAUUUCAAAUACUUCAUCGGCAAGCUAAUACGAGAUCUGCCCAUCCUACCAAAAAAGGGACCAUCUCACAUCAAGCACUCCCGUUCCCGUGACAGCGAGACCUUAAGCAAAAUCCCUCCUGUUGGCAAACAAAGCAAGCGCACGGAAUCUCUUCAGAAGGACAUCAACCUUGUUGCGCAGGCUCGCUUCACUCUAGGCAUGUUCACAGUGUAUCCUGGAUUUGGAUCCAUCCCUGCAGGAGGCCAGCAGAUCAUCACAGUUGAUUGUUUAGCAGAGCCAGUGGGAAAGUGUGAGGAAUACCUGGCCAUUGACAUCACCGACAGGGACCCUGACGAUAAUCCGGGAGGCAUCCCAUACACCUUGAUUGCUGAGUCAUGCCUACCAGCCUUUGUGGUCGAUGACAUCGGGUCCAUUUUUGAGGAACAUCGGAUCUGCAGCAACAUCAACCUUUACCAGAUCCUGCAGGCAGUGGAAGGUGGAGGAGUGUUUGUAUCAGAUGAGAACAAGUUCAUCUUCAGUAACGUCCUGGUUGGGCACCAGGCAACAGCUCGGUUCAAGAUCGCCAAUGUGGGCAGAAUUCCUUGUGACGUGGUCCUCGCGGUCAAGCCUGUCUCCAGCAAGGCUGCUGCCCGCAUUAAUGACAUCUUCGAGGUGGAUCCCAUUCGGAUGUGCGUCCCCAGCCGCUCCCAUGCCUUUGCUACCGUGACUUUCACCCCACAGACGAUGCAGAGCUACCAGUGCGUUUUUGAGGCUUUCAUUGAUGGACUGCCAAGCUUGGUUGCAAAAUCACGAAAUUUAACAUUUGAUAUCAUCGGGGAUGGGAACUUCCCCCGAGUGACCAUCUUGCGCCCUGUCCUCCGCAACAAAAGAGGGAACCCACUGCUCCUCUUCAAGAGGCUCUUGCUAGAGCGAUCGGAGAAACUCCCUUUUGUCCUUAAGAACAGUGGCAUGAUACCUGUCCAGGUGAUGGUUGACCUGUUGGAUGAUUAUGGAGUUUUCUCACUGAAACCCAGGCCUACCACUCACUGCCUCUAUGUGGCUCAGAGUGAGGGGGAUGAAUCAGGCAGAGAAGGUAAAUGCAAUGAGCCUGGCAGGAGUGAAGAAUUCCAGCAGCUCUUGUAGGGGAUGUCUUCAGGUGAUUGGCACCCGGGUCUGAGCCCCAAAACUAGACUAGCCCAGGAGUGAGCAGCCAGGCCAGAAAGUGCUGCCUGAGUUACUGGGUCCUCAUUGGUGCUGCAGACACCGGGACGUCUGGGGCAUUUCCCAUGGAUCUUUGUGCCGCAGUGCGUUGAGCUGCUCUGUGAUUCCUUCCCAGUGAAUUGUGGGAGAAUUUG